CCGCGCCGCGCGGGCAGGAGGGCGGAGCUAGCGUCCUGGAAGCAAAGAUGGCGGCGCCCGUAGAAGUGGCGGUAUGUACGGACUCGGCGGGCCAGCUGUGGAACUGCGCUGUGUGGGAGCUGCACUCCGGGACCAGCCUCCACACGUACCGGGGCGGGCAGACAGGGCCCCGUAGCCUCGCGUUGCUCAACGGCGAGCACCUACUGGCAGGACAGCUUGGCAAGAACUACAUCUGCGCCUGGGAGCUGCAGCGGAAGGAUCAGCUUCAACAGAAGAUUGUAUGCCCCGGGCUGGUGACAUGUCUGACUGCAGCUCCAAAUGGCCUCUAUGUCCUGGCGGGCAUCGCAGAGAGCAUAUACUUAUGGGAGGUGUCUACAGGGAACCUUCUGGCCAUCUUGAACCGACACUACCAAGACCUUUCCUGUCUGGCCUUCACUGAUGAUAGCAGUCAUUUCCUCUCAGGUGGCAAAGACUGCCUAGCCUUGGUGUGGAGCCUUCAUAGUGUGUUGCAAGUAGAACAGUCCAAAGUUCCUGAUCCCCGACAUGUGUGGUCUCAACAUACACUUCCCAUCACAGACCUACACUGUGGUUUUGGGGGGCCUUUGGCCCGAGCUGCCACUGCCUCCUUGGACCAGACAGUGAAGCUGUGGGAGAUCUCUUCUGGGGAGCUGCUUCUCUCUGUUCUUUUCGAUAUGGCCAUCAUGUCUGUGACGAUGGAUUUGGCUGAGUACCACCUCUUCUGUGGGGGCACUGAUGGCUCUGUGUUCCAAGUUGACCUUUUCUCUUGGCCUGGGCAGAGAGAGAAGACUUUCCGCACUGAACAGGAGAAUGGCAAGCUAUUCAAAGGACACCGGAACCAGGUGACUUGUCUCUCAGUGUCAGCAGAUGGCAGCCUAUUACUGUCAGGCUCCCACGAUGAAACGGUGAGGUUGUGGGAUAUCCAGAGCAAGCAAUGCCUUCGGACUGUGAGCCACAAAGGUCCUGUCACCAAUGCCUUCAUCGUGUUAGCCCCAGCCAGCAUGUUCAACCCAGACUGCAAGCCAGCCCUGCCCCUGCCCAAGUUCAGCAAGAACCUUCUUGGAACUGAGAGCAGUGAAGGAUCAGGGACUGAGGCCGUGAUGCUACGUCUAGGGGUGCACCGGCAGGGAUCUGAGAAGAGCUAUUUGGAGAGAGCUGAGAAGCUGCAUUCGGUGAUGUGUACAACAUUGGAUAAGAACUCCCUAGGGGACCAGGAACAGCUGAAAAUCCGAGUAACAGAGCUGGAGGAAGAAGUGAACACCCUGCGGAAAAUCAACAAAGACCUUUUUGAUUUCUCCAGCCAUAUCAUCACCAAGCUACCCAAGUGACUGCCACUGCCGCCAGCCCCUGGGCCUGCUGACGUCUGUGAGCUCUGGCGGCAGGACACGGUUCACCCCGCACGUGCUGGGACCCUCCCCCUCGGGGGGCAAGACUGAACGCAUGGCCUUCAUGCAAUGGCUGGGCCAGGCAGGCGAGCGCACAGUGGUCAAUAGCCAUAGAAUCUGCACUCGUGGUGAGAGCUGAGGCACAGGCUCUGUCUGCUCAGACACUGACCCUGUCGGUGUCGGGACUGCCGGUGGGGGGAGGGCUGAGAGAGGGGCCCAGUGCCCCAAGCAGGGGCUCCUGGGGCCACGUCUGGCACAGCUAGCACACGUUACCACCUGGCCGAGGGGCAAUUUACACGUUUUAGUCCACAAGAUCCUGGAUUUUGAUCAAAGAGCUUUUUUUCUCCUUCCUUUUCUCUCUUUCCUUCUCUCAGGUGAAGGCCCAAGCUCUCAUCACUAACACCCCCAUUCCCCAAGUCACUAUACUUGUUACCCUGUAGUGGAGAGGGAACAUUCCAUAUGAAGUAACUAUUAGCCUCUCCCUACAUUUGUUCUCCACAAGUUCUCCCCCUUCUUAAAUACUGGGGAAAAGCAAUAGACUAUAAGCACGGUUGGAGGCUCCAUGCUCACUAGUUGGCUCCAGGAUCCCCAGCUUGACCAAGUCAGAGGUUCUGUAUCGUGGACCUUUUGGAGCCCUGGCUGAUACUGAUGUAGUUUAUCUAGGUCUCUGCCAGGCCCAGCUUGUUUUGUUUUGUUUACCCUGGAGACUUCUUGUUCUUUGUCUCAGGAAACAUCUUUCUAUACAUAUAUAGAGAGAGUUGGGUUUUUUAUUGUUCUGUUUGUUUUUUAAAACAAAAAAAAAAGGUCAAAAA